ACACCCUGCCCUUUCCAGUCCCUCUCCGAUUCGGUCCUCCAUCCGCCGCCGCCGCCGCUCCACCCCCUCCCCCACAUCCGCCGCCGCCGCUCCACCCUCCCUCAACGCCGCCGCCGCAGCUCCACACCCUCCCCCAGCGCCGGCGCCGGCGCCGCUCCUCCCAGAUGGCGGAUCGUCCCGCGGUUACGAGAGGGGUCAACGAAGCAGACCCGUUCCGCACCUCCUCGAGUCAUGGCGCGAGGCGCGUUCGUCGUGUAGGCCAAGGCGAUCUGGCCGCUGCGGGCGUGGAUCUGGACGCCGCCGCCGUUGUCUCUGCUGAGAGGCGCGUUCAUCGUGUAGACACAGGCGAUCUGGCCGCUGUGGGCGUGGAUCUGGACGCCUCAGCCGUUGUCUCCACUGAGAGGCGAGGUUGUCUUGGAGACCCAAACGCUCUUGUUGCCGCCGUGGCAGGAAAUGGAAAAGCAACUGAGGAGUUGCAGAUGGAUUAUCAGAAAUUUGUUUCCAUAUUUUAUAAGACAUUAAAUGAGAAACCCAGCACCAUCUACAAAUUCUAUGAUAAGGAUGCUAUUCUUGUUUGGACACCUCACACCAAAGAUUUAACUUCUGAAAUCAGAACAAAGAAGGUUAUAAAAUGGUAUAUGUCAGAUGCAGAGUCAGCGCCCUCAACACAGUUCUAUCCACAUUGCUUUGUUGCCCAGCAACAAGGUGAACUAAUUGUACUUGUGGUAAAUGGUAACUGCAAGGGUUUCGGACUCAACAGAAGCAAUUAUGUUCAGUCGUUUCUGCUUACAAAAAAAUGCAUUAUCCUCUCCGACUUUUUAUUCGUUUUUAAACAUGACACACCGAUCAGAGUCCCUAGGAAUCAGCCACGACCUGUGCACCUAGCAGCAGACUUCAUGAGAGGUCAAAGCAUGAGAUACUUUGAGCAGAGUAGCAGCUUCAAAGACUCCAAGGAAAUAGAACAGGAUAAACAUUUGGUAGAUUUCAGAACUGGGAAGUGGAGCAGCUUCACAGGAUCCAAAGAAAUAGAACAGGAUAAUCAUUUGGUAGAUUCCAGAACUGGGAAGUUCACUGUUCGGAAGACUGUUGCGGUAGUCUAUGAUGAUCGAAUGUUGCUGCACAGGCCUGAUUUUUACUGUAAAGAUGGUUCUGUACGGAUGAUUCAGCAUAACGAACCUGCUGAUGUAGACGACAUUCCAGAAAGGAUUAGCUGCAUUAUGGAUAAGUUGUAUGAGGAUAACUUAAUGGAUAGGGUUACAGUUGUAGAACCAAGCUUCGCUAGUGUGGAUGAUGUAUUGUCCGUUCAUUGUCCUGAUUAUGCUGAAUUUAUCGAGUGUCUGCCUCCAAGCCCAGCAAAUCUUGAUAAGUAUAUGUUCUAUAACACGCCAGACAUGUUUUGCUCAGAAGGUACACGUGAUGCAGUGCUGUUAGCUGCUGGUGCGGCAAUCAAAGCUGCUCAACUUGUGAACUCCGGGGAAUAUCAAAAGGCAUUUGCUAUUGUCCGUCCGCCAGGGCAUCAUGCAGGAAGAGAUGAGGCGGAAGGCUUUUGCUAUUUCAAUAACCUGGUCAUUGCAGCACUAAAUCUGCUACGAAAACAUGAAGUGAAGAAGAUUCUUGGGGUGGACUGGGAUGUCCACCAUGGAAACGGUAGUCAAGAGCUCCUGUAUUCCAGCAACGAAGUACUCUUCUUUUCAUGUUUCAACAACGCUUUACGCUAUCCGAAGACGAUGAAACAAGGUGUUGAGCAUGUAGGAAAGGGAAAGGGAGCAGGUUAUAAUGUUAAUGUUCCACUUCGUACCAACUUUGGUGAUGCUGAUAUGUUAUACGUCUGGGAAGAAAUUCUUCUGCCACUUCUUAAAGAGUUUGAUCCAGAUAUCAUUUUGCUAUCAUGUGGCUUCGACGCAGCGUUAGGCGAUGUUGGUCUUGCCAAGGUUACAGCCCCGUGUUAUGCUACACUGUUACACAAGCUAAUCGAAUCUGGCAAUGGGAAAGUGGUUCUAAUCCUUGAAGGAGGGUACAAUUUACAAGUUUUGGCUAACUGCGCUUCUCAUUGUGUCCGUUUGAUGACUGGUGACACCGAGGUACUGUUGAAGGAUGACACUAUUAAAGCCCCUCCCAAGUCUACCAAGGACACUGUCAAUCUCUUGAAGCACCAUCUCUCCAGAUACUGGGAGGUGUUCAAGGACUGCUGAGUUUUGCUGGGGUUAAUCAAGUACAUUGGUUUACUGUUGUUUGACAAACAUGUAAUCACUAUGCCAUUCAUACUAACAUUGGCGAUAGUCACUGUCUGCUGUUUCAUGGUACCAAUAUUUCUGAGCAUAUAUUGUAUCUUUGCCACGGAAUGAUAAUAACCAUGAUGAAUGAGUUGUGCAAAAAACUGGCUAGAACA